UUCAAAAAGAUAGUGAGAGAUACCUUAAAAAGUAUUAUUAGUGUGUUUAUACAUGCAAUUUUGCAUGUAAAAAUAUAUCUUUUUUAAGUUGUCUUCUCCAAAUCCAAUGUUUUAAAGAAAAUAAAAAUUCACAACCCAACAAAAACUUAGUUUAAAAGAGAGAAACUAUUUUGUACUUCUCUCUUACUUUUUCUUCUUCCUAUUAUAAUUAUUAUUGCUAUGGAUUGUGAUUUAUCUCCAUUUUUUCUCGAAUUCUCAGCUUCAUCUUCUGGUUCUUGAUCAUGAUUUUAUAUUUCCUGCAAUUUCGUCAGAUUCCUGGUCUCUAAUUCUGGCUUUUUUAUCAUUUUAUUAGCUCAAGGUAUUCGAGUCUACGAAGAGCACGGCCGUGUCAUUUUCGUGUGUAGUACAUUCGAAUUGUGAUUUGGCAAUGGGGCAUUUUUCCUCCAUGUUCAAUGGAUUGGCAAGGUCGUUUUCGUCGAUACGAAAAGGGACGAGUAUCGGUUGUGAUGGUAGAGAAGCUGCAGAUGAGAUGGUUAAAGAAGCAAAGAGGAACGACUUGAUAUUGAGAUCUUCUGGCUUCGUAAGUGUUGAUGGUUCGAAGAAUUUCGCGUCGGUUUUCUCAAAACGAGGCGAGAAAGGGACGAAUCAGGAUUGCUUCAUUGUGUGGGAGGAAUUUGGAUGCCAAGAAGACAUGAUAUUUUGUGGGAUGUUUGAUGGACAUGGUCCGUGGGGUCAUUUUGUGUCGAAAAGAGUUCGAGAAUGGAUGCCAUUAUCUCUGCUGCGUAAUUGGCAGGAGACUCUUGCUCGUAGCUCACUCGAUCCAGAUAUCAAUUUAGAUUCCGAUAAAAAGCAUCAAAGAUUUCAUAUGUGGAAGCAUUCUUACAUGAAGACUUGUGCUGCUGUUGAUCGAGAGUUAGAGCAGCUUCGUAAAAUCGAUACAUUUCAUAGCGGAACAACUGCCUUGACCAUUGUCAGACAGGGUGAAGUUAUGUAUAUAGCAAAUGUUGGCGACUCUCGAGCUGUAUUGGCUACAACGUCCGAUGAUGGAAACUUGGUAGCGGUUCAACUCACCAUCGACUUCAAACCAAAUUUACCUCAGGAGGCGGAACGGAUAGUUCAGUGCAACGGACGGGUGUUCUGUUUAAAUGAUGAGCCAGGGGUGCACAGAAUUUGGCUGCCGGAACAGGAAUCACCGGGACUGGCAAUGUCAAGAGCCUUUGGAGAUUAUUGUGUCAAGGAUUAUGGAUUAAUUUCGGUGCCUGAAGUCACCCAAAGGCAUAUAACCAGCAGUGACCAAUUUGUCGUGCUCGCAACUGAUGGGGUAUGGGAUGUGAUUUCUAACCAAGAAGCAGUGCAAAUUGUGUCGUCGGUACCGGACCGGGCAAAGGCUGCUAAGCGUCUGGUUCAGUCAGCAGUUCGGGCGUGGAAACGGAAAAGAAAAGGGAUCGCAACGGAUGAUAUAUCAGCUAUCUGUCUAUUUUUGCAUCCCUCUUCCUUAUCUGAGUCUGUUAGUACAGCUAAAUAGUGAUUAGUAAAUGUAAAUGAGCAAAAGUAAUUGCUCCUUCCAAUGUUUAUUUCCUCUCAAUGCAGUCAUUAGAAAGGGUUCAUCUCA